AUGCGUUUCGAACAGCUUGGACAAAACGACACUGCCUUCAUCGCUCACUGUACCGAAGCUGACUGUUUUUCUCGAACGGCCAGACAUACUACUCUGCACCCUUCCUUGUGGCAGUCGAAGCUGCGUGAAGUACUCUGGGAACAACCGAAAGACGUUUUUGUCGCCUUGAGAGAAUCUCGCCGUGUCAUAAUCGAGAGCAUGCCCCCUCCUGCAUAUGCCGCGACAGACCGGUAUCCCAUCACAAUUCGCAUAUAUGGACUUUUCUAUGACUUCAACGUCCUGAACACUAGCAGACCAUUUAAUUACACCACUCCGAAUUCGAACUUGUCCGGUUCAGCAGUUACACUCGACUUUGCGACUGCAGAAGAGGCCAAAAUAGCGAUACAGACGCGUACCGGAGGAUAA